GAGGCUUUGUCAUGUUGACCGACCGGAGGAGAGGAGGGAGGGAGGUCAUGGGGGAGGAGGACGGUCCCGCCGGCCAAAGCUGAAAGGUUCUCUGCUUCAUUCCUUGAUGAAGCUGAACCAAGGCAGGCCAAAGAAAGAAAGGGAACCUCCUUCAAUGGCGGUCUGCUAUAUAUAUCCUGGUCUCUCCUCCCCAAAUCCGUUUCCAUCCUCGUCCGCACCCUCCUCCUCCACGCCACGAUGAGCAUGCUCCUCCAGCCGCAGCCGUACCAACAACAACAACCACCGUCGCCCUCCUCUCAUUCCCAUCCCGCCAGUAUGGCCGCGGCCGCCGCCUACUGGCUCGCGGAGCACCCGGCCAUCGUGGGGUUCCGGUGGAGCCCGACGCACCUGUGGUUCUCCACCUGGGCGUUCCUCCUGGGGUCGCUGGCCGCCUACGUGGCGCUCUGCCUGGCCCUGGACGUGGCGCUGGCCCUGGCCGCGCAGCGCCUGCGCCGGCGCCUUGCGGUUCCGCUGGGCCCCGUGCCCGCGGCGCACGCGCUGCUGAUGGCCGGCGCGUCGUCCGCCAUCUUCGCGGGGACGCUGCUGUCGGCGGUGGCGGAGAUACGGGACACGCGGUGGUCGUGGCGGGGCCGCAGCCGCAGCACCCCGCUGCGGUGGCUCCUGUGCUUCCCGCCCGGGACGCGCUCCUCGGGCCGCGUCUUCUUCUGGUCCUACGCCUACUACCUGUCCCGCUACCUCCACGCGGCGCGGGGCGUGCUGGCGGUGCUGCGCAGGCGGCGGAGCGCCGCGCCGCGGGUGUUCGCGCACGCCGCCUCCGUGGCCAUGGCGUUCCUGUGGCUCGAGUUCUCGCAGUCGUUCCAGGUGCUGGCCAUCCUCGCGUCCACGCUCACGCACGCCGUCGCGCUCGGCUACAGGUUCUGGGUCGGCGCGGGGCUCCCCGCCAGGGGCGCCGCCCACGUCGCGCUCGCCUGCCAGCUGGGCCUCCUCGGCUGCAACCUCGCCUGCCACGUCGGCGUCGUGUGGAUGCACUUCGGCGCCGUCGGCGGCGGGUGCAGCGGCAUCGGCGCAUGGGUCUUCAACACGCUGCUCAACGCCGCCCUGCUCUGGGUCUUCUUUCAUUGCUACGGCAAGCGCGGCGUCGACGAAGGCAGCGGCGCCGCCAGCACAAAGGACCUAUGAAUUGGAUUGGAUGAUCAGCUAUUCGGCUGCUGCUGCUGUAAUAUUUUUGUAAAUAGGCCUGGACCGCCCGGCGGACGGAAACAAGAACAAGGCGAAGGAUCGAUUCAAUCCCUGCUGCUUCUUUAGUUACUGCUAGUCCGUCCCGUUCUUUCUUGUGUUCAUUCCACCAUGAUGAUUCUAAUAAAUUAACACUGAAGAAGAA